AUGCGUCUCGCAUCCUUGCUAUCUCUCGCGACCCUGGCGAGCAUUAGCAUAGCCAAAACCCCAGGCUGCGGUCACGACAUACCUUCCAAGUAUCCAAAACCAGGAUCGAGCGAGUCCCUCAGCCUCCCAGACUCAGACCGAGAGUACAGAUUAUUCAUCCCGGCCAACUAUGACAAGAACACGCCAACCCCGGUAUACUUCUCCUUCCACGGGGCGUCGCGCGACAUGGUAGAGGAAGAAGAUCUGUCACAAUUUUCGAACCCGGAAUUCAACCCCAAUGGAAUCGCCAUCUACCCAAACAGCAAGAAUGGAUAUUGGCUCUCCAGUCCGAGUGCCCACACGUCGCGCCCCAACGAUCUAGACUUCAUCGAUGAUCUGCUCACGCACAUGGAAGAAACCCUCUGCAUCGACACAAGCAGAGUAUACUCAGCGGGCAAGUCAAAUGGCGGUGGAUUCACCAGCGUCAUUGCCUGCAACGCCACGGUUGGAAGCCGGUUUGCGGCUUUUGCGGCUGUCAGCGGUGCCUGGUAUGAUACAGCCGACAUGAAGGGUGUGGGGCCAUGUGCCCCCGCUAAGCGGGAUCAGGGAUAUCCUUUCCUGGAGUUCCAUGGUACGGUCGAUACGACCGCACCUAUCGAUGGCGAUGACGGUGCUAAGCUGCCUGUCAUUGAUGUCCUGCAGGCCUGGGCGGCUCAAAAUGGAUGUGGGGACAAUGCGCAGCCGACCAGCAAUGAGACUAUCUUUGAUGACCCGCUUGUGAAGCAUGCUUCUUGGGACUGUAACGGGCUGAAAGGCAUUGUUCAGCAUUACCGCGAGAAUGGAAAUGGCCAUUGCUGGCCAAGCACCGUUGGCAAUGAUGACUUUGACCGAAAUUCCGACCAGUGCCCGUUGGGCAAGUCUGAAUUCAAUGCGACUCAAUACAUAUUUAACUUCUUCGCGGAGGAUCACUCGAGCAAGCCUAACGCAGCGAUUACCAGCACAAGUACUGGCACAGCACCUCUAAGUACCCAUCACAACCAAAGCCCAAAGAUGUCACACCCCAUGUCCAUACAUGCUUUGUAUCUUGUAUUUUCAGCUGUUGUUAUUAGUUCGAUGCUUAUUUAA